AUGCAGUUCCCAUCUCCUGUACAGAGGCUAAAAUGCAGCCUAACAACUUCUCACCAUCAAGUUGAGCAGGCUAGACGAAAGAUCACUUCGCUCGAUAAUCUCCUCGUUCGCCUUCAGCUCCAUCCCGUAGCAAGAUCUCUGCUGUCAACCCCUCCUCAACAACACAACAAGUAUUCGUCAAACGAAACCAUCAAAAAAAAUAGAAAUUCUCGCGCCGCUAGUAUUCGUCCUAAAGAGACAGAACCAAUGGCUUUAGCAUUCCAACCUUUCCAGAGGAGAGACAAGACGGGAAGACCCAUCCAUUGUUCUUCCGGUGUGACAGCGCCGUUCAAGGAGAGCAAAUACGAAAAGAACUCACGAACGGUAGCAGCUAAGGAAAGGAAUGCUAUGAUCACGCUAACAGGAGCUCGACGAGAACCCCCUUUCGGAGAUUCCAGUGGCGGCUAUGGGACUACCAGAGACAUGUUCUUCGCGAUCCUAAUCUGA